UCGCCUCUCGGCACCAAAGCUUUGACAUGAACCCGACUUGCAUCAGCAUCUGUGAAAUGUUUGAAGUUCCAAUGAUAAAAAAACAUAGGUAUCCAACAACCCUCACGUCACGUUCAUGUAGACGUUAUAUAGCGUACCUCACAAUUCAGAGCCCCUCAAGUAAAAAUAAUACGGAAAAAUCGUGCAGGAAAGUUCUUUUAUUUCUUUGUUCGUUCUAGGAAGGGUGACUGCUCACAGGGGACGUUUGUGUUUGAAUUCUAGAGACGGGCUGUUACACCUAUUGACCCGCACGUGUCCUGUGUCCGUGUAGAACCUGCUGAAGGAUUAUGGUACAAACAGUCUUGAUUAUUGGAUGAGAAACAAAGCUGAUCAGAAGGGAUUGAAUGAUAUUGGAAAACAAGUCAGAAAAUUAGAUUGAGUGUUUUCGUUUUGUUUAAUCUGAAUAACAAAAUGAAUGCAACAACACCCAGCGUGCAAAACUAUACUCGGGAGAAUGCAACGUAUGGAUUCCAGCAAACGGAACUGUUCUUCAGUGGGCCAGAACCAAUUGCAAUCAUUGUCAUCAUAUCCGUUAUAUUCUUUGUCGGAAUUUUAGGAAACGUUGCUCUUCUUAGUUACGUUAUAUGUUGCAAUCGACUGACGUCACCCCAUAAUAUCUACUCCACUAAUCUGGCGGUCGGUGACCUCUUGACCCUGAUUGUUGCUAUGCCGUUUCUAUCCUCUAUCUACAUCAUGACAACCUGGCCGUUUGGAGAACUAGUUUGUAAAUUCAGCGAGUUCACCUACACGCUAAGUACAUCCAUAACUGUGUUCAUGAUUACAGCGCUUAGCGUUGAACGAUAUCGUUUGCUGACGCUUCAUCCGCCAUCUUUGAAUCUGACGUCAGCGUCUGUGACGUCAUUUAUUCUGUGGCUUUUGGCGAUAAUGUUGGCCAUUCCUGACCUCGUGUCGGCGGAGACGCUAGCCUUCGGGGACUUCCGUUACUGCGUUCCGUAUCGAGUAAACUGGGGCGAAACUUACGCCAAGACGAUGGUAGCCAUCAAAUUCACCUGUCACUUUGCUGUGCCUUUGUUUAUCAUAACAGCAUGCUACUGUAUGAUUGGGCGAAAUCUUAUGUCACGAAAAUCACAAUUUCAUUCAUGUCUCUAUGAAGAAAAUCACAGUGCUUCUGAGGAGGAAGUUCUGAGAAACUCUAAAAGGAAGCGCAUGGCGGCUCUUGUUCUUGGUCUUGUUUUAUUGUUUGUUCUGACGUGGCUCCCGCGACAUGUUUACGUCCUGUGGUAUCACUUUGACUCUUCACCCUACGACACCACGUGGCACAUCAUUAAGCUAGUCGGCAUUUGUCUUAUGUACUGUAACAGUGCUCUUAAUCCAGUGGUAUUCUUCUGUUUCGAUUCGACUUUUCGGGACUGUGUCUGCUUCUGUUGCAGAAAGCCUCAGUUUCAAAGAGAUUUAGAAGAAUAUACUGAGAUACCUCAUAACUCUAUAGUUCUUACCGAGAUCAACCAAUGUCAGGACGCCACCAAUGUGUAACAAUGCAAAGCCAUGCAAGACUCCAUCAAUGUAUGACAAUGCAAAGCCAGAACGCCUCCAAUGUGUAACAGUACAAAGUCAGGACUCCGCUUAUGUAUAACAAUGAAAAGCCAGGACGUCACCAAUGUGUAACAUUGCAAAGCCAGGACGCUACGGAUGUGUAACAAUGCAAAGCCAACACGCCACCACUAUAUAACAAUGCAAAGCCAGGACGCCACAAAUGUGUAACAUUGCAAAGCCAGGACGCUACGAAUGUGUAAUAAUGCAAAGCAAGAACGCCACCACUAUAUAACAAUGAAAAGCCAGGACGUCACAAAUGUGUAACAUUGCAAAGCCAGGACGCCACCAAUGUGCAACAUUGCAAAGCCAGGACGCCACAAAUGUGUAAUACUGUAAAACCAGGAUGCCAUAAAUGCAUUGCAGUGCAAAUUAUGACGCCACCAGAGUGUAACAUUGCAAAGCUCUGACAUGACCAGUGUGACAAUGCAAAGCCAGGACGCCACCAAUGUGUAACAAUGCAAAGUCAAGACGCCACCAAUGUGUAACAAUGCAAAGCCAGGACGCCACAAAUUUGUAACAAUGCAAAUUCAAGACGACACCAACGUGUAACAAUGGAUGACAAAUAUUUCUGGACUCGGUUGCACUAACGGCAGUUAAAUAUAUCUAGCCGUUCAUUUCACCUUAACGUGACCAUAACAUUUACGGCGAAUCAAAUGGGUUGCACAACAUGUAACAAGAUGUUAAAACUGUAGUUUGUCCGACUUUAAUUUCACUUUAUUAACCAUGCACCGCUGAAAACCCACUGCAUUUAUCAUUUCGGUCCCCUCUGCCCUUUUUGCAUUCUUACGUGAAUUUGUUAAUAAGUUGCUUUGUUUCGCCUUCAGUAAAUCUUCAUUUUUCUAAAAAAAAAAUCAAAAAUUUUGUCAACAUGCUGAUUCUUUCUCGUUUAUAGUCGCCAUUGUCUCUGUCAAACGGUAUGCAGUAGGAAAACGGGCGUGCAGGUCUAGAUGGCUUUAACGACGAGCAAAAGCUGACACCGCUCGUAAACAGCCACCGUUGCACAGGUAUAUCGUUAUACCCGAUUGGCCGACGUGUAGUAUUCCUUUUGUGGUCUUUAGAUUUUAAGCAUUUAUUUCUUAUUUUAUGUGCAUACUCUGUUUGUAAAUAAUGCAUUGACCGGUUUAUGAUGUGAGUAUUCACCUGGCUUGAAAAAAGUGUGUAAGAUUUUAUAAUUUCAUCGUGACCGAGUAGCACGGUGAGACAAGGUGUAAUUAAGUCCACACACAGGUGACACCUUUGCAGCGAAAUACUUUGAACUGUGUAGGGACCUGGGAUUGUAGGGAUAAAGAUAGGGAUACUGACAGAGAGUAAUGGCGGACUGUGUCUAUUUACGAGCAAUGUUCAGCUUUAACUAAGUUCGCUCUGUUAAAUCCUAGCUGGUUUAUAGACACUAACAAAAUUUCGAGCAACCCAAAAUUAACUCUAAGUUAUGUAAGUAGCCACUAAAAAUUAAACAGCUAGUUAAGGUUUUAACAAAAGUUAACUUUACUGACGUUGGUGCAUCCGAGUCCAGAACAGCAGUUUCGGAAAAAAUCGGGUGACAGUGGUGUUCAAAUACGAACUGAAAGAAUUUCGAAGGGCCAACCAUGUAAUCGAUGACGCUUUAUAAAGCAAGUGUUGUGACGACUCUGAUUGAAACACAAGAUGGUGAUUUUGGUGUAAAAGACUAAGACUGUCAUAAUUUAAUAGAGUCUCGUGAUGAAGAGGGAGUGAUUGUCUAGAACCACGUGAUGCUGACAGCCAAUCGCAACUUCUCGCGCCUUUCCGGCAGGUCUUGGAAAACAGAUUGGAUGCUUAUAAUUGUAUUUGGAAACUGGAAGGUCAUAGACUUUGUAUAUAUAAAAAAAUUCAACUCGAAUGUAUAAUAUACGCGUCAAUGAUAACCCCACCCCUCUUUUAUAAAAUAAAACUUAAAUAUAAAUUCAACACGUUUUACGAUCUAUUGAGAUGUGAGUUAAACUUCAUUAAUUUCAAUGAAAUACCCUAAAAUAUAUCACAGAAAAGAUGAUCAAGUUUGCAUUACCGAAUUUAAAUCAAUGUGAAGCGAUUCCUUUUUGAAUAAAAUUCUAACAUCUGGUAUUGUUAAUAUUUUUGAGGCGUUUUUCCGAGCUCUUCCGGAAAGGCCCGAGAAGUUGCGAUUGGCCGACAGCAAUAUUCAAAUAAAUCAUGUGAUCAUGACAACAACAUUAAGUGUUG